UGUGGCCGCUUUGUUGCAUUUCAAGACCUGCUCCUACGACACUAUCUCCACAACAAUAUACCGUCACAACAUCGCCAGGAUGUCCGCACCAAGCCAGGCAAGUGCACAUGAUCAGGCUGUCAACGGAAGCGCAGCAGCGGGGCCUGUGGACGAGGGCACUACGAUCGCUUUUAAGUGCAAGUACGCUCAGACAGUCCACUCAGUUCGACUUACGACGUUGGACGAAGUCUCAGACCUGAAAGCUAUUCUGUUUUCCUUGACGGACGUGCCCGCCGAGCGGCAGAAGCUCAUUGGCCUCACAAAGGGUAAGCUGCCUUCUGACGACACUUUAAUUGGUCAGCUCGCCUUUCCACCUUCGAGCGUGAAGGGCAAGACCGCAGAGGGCCUCAAGGAGGUGUCCAUGAUCCUUGUGGGAACACCAAAAGCCCUCACGUUCAAGGACAUUGGAAAGGCAGACGAAGCGCUCGAGGAUUUAAUUCAAGGCGAGGCAGCAGACCUAGAUCCCAAAGCAGUGGACGAACAGCUUCUUCCGCAUCGCAAUCCGAAAUACAUCGCGAAAGUAGAAAUGAUCAUCAAACGCUUCUCAGACUUCCCUCUAAUAACACCGCCCCGACCCGGCAAGAAAUUGCUCGUCCUCGACCUCGACUAUACUUUGGUCGACACCGACCGGCUGCUUCACUCGCCAGGACCUGCUAUGGAGAGCGCGAGACCGGGUAUGCACGAUUUUCUCGCCACCGUCUAUCCUUAUUAUGAUCUCGUCUGCUGGUCACAGACUUCAUGGCGGUGGGUCGAUGCCAAGCUCACGGAACUGCAUAUGCUUUCAGAUCCAAGAUACAAGCUGAGCUGGGUGUUAGACAAGACGACUAUGCCGAGCGUGGAGACCAAAGGAAAGAAGCACCACGUCAAGCCGCUUGAGCUCAUUUGGCGAAGAUUCGGGCCCGAGCAAUAUAGCCCCAAGAAUACGCUCCACAUUGAUGAUCUGAGCAAGAAUUUUGCCAUGAAUCCAGGGAACGGACUCAAGAUCAAGCCUUACAAAAACUCUCCACACAUGGACAGUGAGCUGGUCGCCAUCGGCAAGUAUUGUCUGCAGCUGGCACAUCCAAGCGUCGAGGACUUUACCAAGAUCGACCAUCGUAGUUGGAAGCACUUCAACGGACCUACUGCCGAAUGAAGCACGCUGACAUGGGAUGGCCGUCGCUACCGUUGUCACUGGCCUGUUUACC